ACAAAAUGACUAGAAAAGCAAUAAUAACAAACAAUAUGAAUGUAAACUAUAGAGUAAGGGAAAAUUUGAUGUUAUUCACUUUAAAACAAUUGUUCCGGGCAAAACAGAUUUUCACCAAGGGUAGUGUCCCAUUGUAUUCUCAUGGAUGCUGAGACUAGGAGGGGUAAUGGAUUUCAUCAUGAUGAUCAGCCAGUGUCAUCUGUUGUAUACCGCAACGCCAAAGCAGGCAAGAGUGUGAAGAUGAAAAGAGCUACCUCUUACAGUUCUUCCUCGACUAGAUUUGCCCACAGCAGUGUAGCAGGCAACUCAGCAUUGGAAGAUUCACCUGAUGAGGAAAACAAUGUUGCUGUAGAAGAUAGUGGGUCAGAAGCAGAACUAGAUUUAAGAGGUAAACUAGAAUUUUCAGGGAAGAGACCUCGAAGGAAAACUGAAAAAGGCGAUGCUUCUUUUUCUGAACAAUAUGUGGAAGAGUCAGUAAAAAACCUAGCUGAUCAAAGUAUCCCUGACGAUGACCAGGCCGUUGCUGAAGCAUCAAAUGAUGCAUUUACAGAAUCACGAGAUCCUUUAGAGGCAGAUAUAGCAGUGGAGGCACCUGCUUCUUCCAAUGCUGCUGAUACAGAUGUAGAGGAGGCAUUUGAUGAUGUAGAGUUUCCAGAGGCUGUGGUUUUAAUUGGCAAAACGCACUGGCGUUGUGUCACAUGUAUGAUGCAUUUUGCUCGGUCCACUAGUAUUGACAACCACAUACGAGUCUGUCAUACUGAAAAAGCUCCUUUUUCUGUUUCCACACUGUCAAGAACAUCAAGAAGGGGACGUGGAGGGAGGGCCCAUGCCAGGGAAGUGACAAGGGGUAGGAUUAAAGUGAACAGGAGAGUGCAGAUAACAAAAUCUCCACCCAGUACAAUGAGAAGACGACAGGGAGCAAGGAGAACCAGGGGCAGGGGGUCCAGAGGAAGUGGAACUAGGGGUAAAGAAAGGGGGUUUUCAAGAGGCAGGGGAAGGAGAUCACACAUUUUGGAGCCCUCAGACACUGAAACAGAAGAAAUGCCUUUACUGCCAAGAUCUCCCAGAAAACGUAAAACAAGAAGCUCUGAUAAUAUGCUUCUUGAGGCUUCUAGUGCAGCUGCUAAGACACCAAAGCUGGAGGAAACAAGUAUUGCACAAGAGAAUAAAGAUUCCUUUAAGAUCCCACUGCCCUAUUUGCUUGAUGCUGAGAAGGAGUUGUUAAAGAGAAAGUACCUGCUUUUCCUUGAGAAAGCUGAUGCUGUAGAAUUUGUGGAAUCAGAGAUGGCACUAACAGAUGUUGAGCCACCUCUUUCAAUUGAGACUCCUUCUCUUCAAGCUGAUGCUUUACUUCCUCCAGCCACACCUCUUCUUCCAGAAAUACCAGGUCCACCUGAAACCCCACUUCCUCCUGAAACACCCCUUCCUCCAGAGUCAUAUCAUCCACCUGGGACACCGGGGAGACCUGAAAUACUUACGCACACUGAUUCUCACAUAGCUCCAGCUGCUCUCUUACUUUCUGAAACACCUGCUAUUUUGACCACAUCACUUCCACCAGAAACCAGGCGCCUUUCAUCAGAACUGUCAGGUAACCAUUCUCUUCACCAUCAGCACAAAUCCCUUGGCCCCCCUGAAAACUGCCAUCUUGAUACAGAUUUCAAUCUGAAUGCUGGCAUCGAAAAACAUGGAGACAUUAGUGAACCAUAUGCUGAGUGUCCAUCUGAAAAAGAGAGUAAUCCUUCUGUGUUCUGCAGAACCUGUCAUGCUUCUUUUGGAACAGUUUCAAAAUUAAAGGCACAUCAGUUGGAAGUGGCAAGGUAUGAUAAUGUGCUUUGUAGUUUGUGUGGAGAUAAAUUUCAUGGGGUACAUCAGCUAAAUAUGCAUGUGUUCAGCAUCCACGAAAAUAAUAGCAAAAAGUUUUGUUUCAUCUGUGGCAUUGAUUGUAUGGAUAGUUUUGAACUGGAGGAGCAUCUUCUAGAGCAUAGUCUAGAAGAACCAGAAAAAGAUAAAGAACUAGAUGAUUUUGAGUCCAUAUCACACAUUUGCAAGGUCUGCAGCAUGGAGCUGGAAGGAAAUGUCUCAGACUUAAUGAAUCACUACCAUACAAUUCAUGACCAGUUUGUCUGCACUUCUUGCUUUGAGUGCUUUCUGGAUAUGACGGCAUAUCAGGAUCACAAACUGACUCAUAUGGCAGAUGCCAAUGAAAGCACUGAGCCAGUUGUCUACAUAUGUCCUGUCAGCGACUGUUUCCAGAUAUGUGAAGACAAAGAGGCGUUGAGAGAGCAUAUUUCUUGGCAUGAAGACCAAGACCUAGAGGAAGAUGUUGCAUUGCUUCUGUGCAGCAUAUGCUCAAGUCAGUUCAGAAACAAAACUUCUCUGCACCGCCAUUUAGCGGAGAUUCACCACAAGGCUGACAUCAAGCCUUUUGUUUGUGAACUAUGCAGUGAGGAAUUCAGUCAAAGCCUAGAGCUUCAUCACCACAAUACCAUCUGUCAUGCUGGCAUCAAACGCUAUGGGUGUGCCUACUGCAGUCAGCGGUUUGCUUUUCGCUCUUCCUACCGAAGGCAUGUUGCCUCACAGCAUGAUGUAGCAUCCACCAUUUUGCGAAUGUGAACCACUAAUAGAGUUUAUAUAUGUAUAUAAUACUGAUCUUUUUUGGAUUUUCUACCAAUAUUUUUGCAUGAGUUGUGCUUGUGCGAUUAGUAUCUGUUUAAUCAUAUUUCAUUAAAAUGUAUAGCAGUUAUUGUGAAAAAUCCCAUGGUUACAAUUUGCAUAUUAUACUAUGAUAAUCUUGUGAGAAAUGAAAUAGCUUAAUUACUCAUCGUAUAUAAUAAUAACAAUUUUGGAUUAAUUCACCUUAGAAGAGCAGUACUUCAUUGCAUACUAGGUGCAAAAAAGAAGAUAUAAGCUCUGUGUGUGUGUGUGUGUUAGGGGUGGAGUUGUUGAAAAUGGACUUUGUGUUUUUUUAAUAUCAUUGUUCAACAAAUUUAUAGCACACCUUUCCCCCGACUGAGUGGUUUUUGGAAGGGGAAGAAGAGUUGUGUGUUAAAUUUCCCACCAUUCUGGUCCUAAGAUUAACAAAAGCAUUCACAAGGAAAUCAUGCAUUAGUAAUGUAUUUUUGCUGGAUUGAUCAUGAAAUAAAAAAGAAAUUGUAAAAAUU